CCUCAUGGAGGCUAACAUAAUGCUCUCCCUCCGCAGCCAUGGAGGAGCUGGACGGGGAUGAGGUGAGAGUGUCCUCCAGGGGGCGCUUCGCAGAGAGGGACAUCGUCCAGUUUGUGCCCUUCCGGGACUACAUCGACCGGGCGGGGAAUCAGGUGCUGAGCAUGGCCCGCCUGGCCAAGGAUGUGCUGGCCGAGAUCCCCGAGCAGCUGCUGUCCUAUAUGAAGUCACAGGGUAUCGAACCCCGGCCUGCCCUGGACGGCAUGCCCACACUGCACAUGCACAUCUAAGGGCGACCACCCCAGGUCCUCCAAAAACUUUUCUCCUUUACAUGCACACGCACACACACACACACAUACACACACAUCUGCAUAUGCUGUCUCAGUGGAGAGUGACUGGAGAAGAUUUGAUACGUAUUUCUCAAAGUUCUAAGCAGACGGCAGACACGUGAACAGCCAGUCCCUAUCCAUCGCAAACGCCGCCGCGGCUCCACAUCUCCAUCGGUUUCGGCUGCCUCUCUCUCAGCAGCGUGGUGUAGCUGCAGAGUCUGAUGCCAGUCAAAGGCAGCUAGAGCUUCAUUUCCACCUUCUUCCACAUCCAAGAAGGGAGUCCGCUGAAGAUUCCUGUUACAUGUUUCUCAGAUGACAGCCAGGCAAAGCCAGACCCCGACAGAUCACCUGAGGAUGAUACUUGCGCCGUCCUUCAUCCUGUAGUUUAGUCUUGUGCUUUAAUGUAAGACUUUGAAAGAAGAAAACGGUCCUGGAAGAUAAGCUGCUCGUUUGUCUGCCCGCCGUGACAGUCAAAAAAAAGUUGAAGUUCUAUUUAUGUAUAAAUUAUGUAAGAGUUUGAGGGAUGAAGAUGAAAACUGUGAGGUUACCUGUUUGUAGAUGCCCACACAGCAUAGCGAAUGUCAGGUGCACUGAUCUCCUGCCACAAGUGAAAUGCCAGGACAUCCUGGGGUGCUCAGUGGGGAGGGGGGCAUCGGACGCCAGUCUGUCUGACUGUGUGUCAGUAGGGGGGAGUUGGUGGGGGGGGGAGCAGGCGGCAUGCCAGGUUUUCGGCAGAAGAUGAGGCCCUGUCCAUAACUCCUGCUGCCACUUUGAGAAGUAGGACGUGCUCAGGGGGCGACCGUCUGCUCCUUAAACAUUUAUGAGGAAGCGUUACACUACCGUGGCAUCGAACACUUUGCUUCUGAUUUGUUUUGACAUAACCGACAUGAAAUUUAUGCUGUUUGAGGCAGGAAUAUGACUUUUAAACAGUGACUGGCUUUUGCAUAUGUGGAAAGGUAAAUUUAAGAAAAGACUGUUGUAAUGGAAAUGAACCUGUACCAGGAAGUGGAAACCAGGCUUUUAAUGUGGUACGAUAAAAAUGGAAACUGUCUGAGAGACCAAAAAUAGAGGCGAAUGUCUUCAGGCAUUUAAAUUUAUUUUUUUUUUUCCACAGAUUUCUCUGUUGCAUUUUCUGGUCAUCACAAGCUGUGUGGGUUUUCCCCAGACAGUAUGUAACUUAUGGUGUAGGAAGUCUACCGUCUAACGCAGCCCACUCUAAGCACCAUCACAAUUAUACCUCCAGUUACACCCUCAUCCGACGGCUUUCAGAUUCUCAUAUCUGAAGAUCCCUUAUCAGUGUGCAAAUAUUUACCUGUCCCCACCGCAUAAAAUAGCGACCGCAGAAAGCGAGCCACAGGCCUCAGCUUGGCUCUGAAUAAUUCAUCACACAGAUCAUACUGGUGAAUUCGGUGGGUCCUCUUUUCUCUCAUGGGCACAGAUUCCUUCAGAAUAGCAAAACACGACAACAGCAAUGCACAGCGAAGAGCCCUAAUUCCAGGGACCAGUCAGGGACAGCAGACGCUGAACAAGGCAGUGUUAAGAUCGCUCCUGUGCCUCAGGGUCUAACCAAGCACCAAAAAGAACAAGACUUAGAAUUUGGAGACUGUCCUAGAAAACGAAAAAGCUGAUUUUUUAAAGUAACCUUGAUAACACAUAUAAUAGGUUCUUAUAUAUAGUUCUGUGGCCAAACAGGACAAAGAAAAACAGAGCCACAACUUUGGUACAGUACUACAUCAGAUUCUCAAUGCACACUGUGUUUAUUCAUCUACUGCUAAGAGACUAAUGGAGAGAAAUUUAUUAUAGAACAGCCUUAUGCAUGUCACAGGCCAAUGACACUGUUACCACUUACAGAGCACAUGACAGAUGCUAUAUUUAUUACUGUAUUAUUUAGUGAAAUAUUUCAGCAUUGGGCACAAGCAAUGCAUUAGUCAUUUUUAAAAUGUAGGCAUUGUUCUUAGUAGGCUAUUAAUUCAGAUGCGCUUUCACAUCUUUACAUUUUUUCAUACAACUUCUCACUAACUAUUGUUAUUGGGCACCCAUUCCCC